AUGAUCGAGAACUCACAGUGUUCUGCCAACCUCAAGGAGCUAGUGAGAAAAUAUUUACAAAAACCAUUACAUCAAACAGUUCUUAUACUGCAUGCUAAAGUGGCUCAAAAAUCAUAUGGAAGUGAAAAAAGAUUCUUUUGUCCCCCACCGUGCCUAUAUUUAUCUGGGGAUGGUUGGAAGUGUAAUAAAGAGGGCGCCGAAGAUAAUGGGGAUCGUUCCGAACCGACCAAUCACAUUUGUGCAUAUAUGGGUAUAGGAACUAGCAGUAAAGAGAUGGUUCAUAUGCCCUUGGAAGCCAGGAACUUCUGCGCUGCAAAGACGCUAUACAUCUCCGACUCGGACAAACGGAAGCACUUCCGACUAUGCGUCAACCUCUUCUACUCAGAUGGUCAGAGCAUAGGCUCGUUUGAGGGCAACAACAUCAAAGUCAUUUCUAAGCCCUCCAAGAAGAAACAAUCCCUCAAGAAUGCUGAUUUGUGCAUAGAGUCAGGCACAAAGAUAGCCCUAUUCAAUAGGCUGAGGUCACAGACAGUCAGUACUAGAUAUCUCUUUGUGGAUGACGGGAACUUCCAUGCAAGUUCCAUGCACUGGGGGGCAUUCGAGAUUAACCUCGUCGAUGAUAAUGCUUCGGAGUCUAAUGAAUUUACGAUGGAGUCCGGUUUCAUACAUUAUGGCAUGACUGUCAAGUUGGUCUGCGUUGUUACUGGCAUAGCAUUGCCGUUGAUGGUCGUGCAUAAAGUCGACAAGCAGACAAUCUUAUUGGACGCCGAAGAGCCAGUGUCCCAGUUACAUAAAUGUGCAUUCAGAUUUAAAAACCCUCACUCAACCGAGAGAAUGUAUCUCUGCUUGUCUCAGGAAAAAAUCAUUCAAUAUUUGGCCGCUCCUUGCCCAAAAGACCCCACAAAAGAAAUGAUUAGUGACGGAGCGUCGUGGACCAUAAUUAGUACGGAAUCCGUCAGGUAUUCAUUCUUUGACGGGUACUCCCUCCCUAAUAUACCCGUGACUCCGGUACCAGAAAUUGGUAUAAUAUCUGUGAAUGGAACGAGCAAGAUGGGUUUCUUGGAGAUAAAGGGCAGAAAUUUUGUGCCAACGAUGCAGGUUUGGUUUGGAGAUGUUCCGGCCGAAACAACCUACAGGUCGGAUGAAAUUAUUUUAUGCAUCGUUCCAGACGUCAACCUCUUCGCCACUACUCCCGCCUACGUCUUCAUCAGUGACCAUGACCCUGACCCUGACCCUGACAGUUCAAAUAAUGAUAAUAAUAAUAAUACAAAUAAUAUAAACAAUAAUAAUUUUAAUGAUAAUAAUAGCAACAAUAAUAAUAAUAACAGUAAUAAUAAUAAUAGUAGAGCUAAUGGGAGAAGUCUGAAGAAGUUGGAGGUGUGA